AUGAGUGCACCGAUCAUAAUCACCGUGCCUAACUACCUGGCCGUGGAAGAUGGCGACCCGGAGGUGGCGGCCGAUGUGGCACCGGCCACUCCCUCCAGGAAGCGAAGACUUGACCACCUCACGUGGGAGGAGAAGAUGCAGAGGAAGAAAUUGAAAAAUCGCGUAGCUGCCCAAACAUCUCGAGACAGAAAAAAGGCUAAAAUGGACGAAAUGGACAGCAAAAUCAACCACUUCAUGGCUGUAAAUGAGAGGCUUGUUAAAGAGGUCGAGGAGUUGAAGGCAAUGAACGAGCGUCUGUUAAAAGGAGGGGCCCCCGUCGGCGAUCCGCGCGGCACGCCUGUUGCUGGCGAUGUGUCUCCUCUCGCAGACAUCCUCGCCCAUCUUGAAUCAGAAGAGUACCUCGACACCCUCAAUCAACUUGCCGACUCACUCCUCAAAGAAAUUGAUGCAAGUGCUGCAGGAGAGGCUCAAAAUGAAUCAAACAGGGAAGAUAGAAAAUGUACUGAAGGAUCUCAAAUGGUGGGGACCCCAGCAAAGCACCUGGAAUCCAGUAAAGGUGCACUCGUAGAGUCCGAGAUCAAUAUGAAACAUGAUGUUGACAGAAUAUUGGAGCACUCAUAUGCACAUCCCUAUCCUAAAACAGAAGAAAAGGAAGAGAAUGGAGAUAAGGGUGACAUAUUUUACGCAAGUUAUGAAGCUAACGACUGUGUCACUAUUGAAGUGCCCUCAGAGGAAGUGGUUGAGGAAACUAUAAACUUAGAUAUGGACUUUACUACAUUGACACAAAGCUGCCCUGACCUUACCUUGGAAUCUGACAUGAAGUUGUUAUCACCAAUGUGUCUUUCUCCGAAAUCCAUAGAAGAAAACUUAGGGCUGUCUCCGUCACACACCAAUGUUAGUUCAGAUUUAGGAUAUGAAUCCCUAGCGUCACCAUUCAGUGAACCAGACUUGGAUUUGCCGGAUCUAUCAGAUUUUUGGUGCGACUCAUUCUCAGAAUUGUUUCCUGCGUUGGCGUAG